UCCCUCCCCCUGUCAGUGUUGGGUCCACUGUGUUAUGUGUGCUGAUGGUGCAACUGUACAGUGACCGCUAUUUACCUUUUGAGGGGGGUUCCACAUACACUAGCUGCUGGAUAUCAAUUUGAAAUUGACGAUGGAGAUGGACAGCUAGCUUGCAUAUAAAGACGAAAUGUUUAUCUUAGCUAUCAGUCACUUCUGGAACACGUAUCAUCAAAGAAACGUAGAAGGGGAUGAGAAUCAUGAAGCCAACCCGUCACCUGCUCCUGGUGCUUUGUCCCAUGGUGAUCCUGGGCUUCCUCUACUACUCCUCUGGGAGACUGCACCCCUGGGGCUGGGGACAUAAAUCACUGUAUGACAAACAGGGAUUCUUGCUGAAGUUGGAUGGUAAUCUGCCUUUGGAGCUGAUGUACAAGUAUGGCAAUCUCAGCGAGGGAGUCUGCAAGCCUGGCUAUGCAGCUGCUAAGAUGACUGCCAUUUAUCCAAAGUUCACUAAACCAGCCCCCAUGUUCCUUGAUCCGAAUUUUAGACGAUUCACCAAAAUCAGCAAAUUCUUCCCACCCUUUGGAAUGAAAAUGCAAGAAAAGAUCAUAGAUAAUAUUCUGACAGCCACAAAGAGCUAUGGUCUGGAAGAUGAGCUGGACAGUCUGAGUUGUAAAAAGUGCAUAAUCAUGGGAAAUGGUGCUAUUCUGACCAACAAGUCUAUGGGUGCAAGGAUUGACGAGUACAAUGUGAUUGCAAGGUUGAACGAGGCCCCAGUGAGUGGCUAUGAGAAAGAUGUGGGCUCCCGGACCACUAUGCGUAUCACCUACCCAGAGGGAGCCAUCCAGAAGACUGAACGCUACGAACAGGACUCCCUCUUCGUUCUCUCUGCCUUCAAAGCUCUCGACUUCAAAUGGCUGCGGUCCAUGAUCUUUAAAGAGAGGCUGCAUAGUACAGAUGGGUUCUGGAAGUCUGUGGCCCAUCAUGUCCCCAGGGAGCCCAGUGAGAUGAGGAUCCUCAACCCUUACUUCAUCCAGGAGGCUGCCUUCAGGUUCAUUGGCCUGCCACACAACAAGGGACAGAUGGGGAGAGGGAAUAUUCCGACACUGGGGACUGUUGCCAUAACAAUGGCCCUCCAUAACUGUGAUGAGGUAGCCGUGGCUGGAUUUGGUUAUGACAUGAGUACCCCCCACGCUCCCCUACACUACUAUGAGAAGAUCAGGAUGGUGGCCAUCAAACAGUCCUGGACUCAUAACAUUUCUAAAGAGAAGGAGUUCCUGAUUAAGCUGGUGAAGGCCGGGGUUAUACAGGACUUGACCCAUGGGAUCUGUGGCUCAGGGUGCUGAUGACAACAUCCAGCUAAUCCCAGAUCGCAGAGAGAUAUGGAGGAGAAACACAGGGGCAUCAUUGUGACGUCCUGCUCUGUUCCCCUCAACCUAACCUUCACCGCUGGCUGAGGCAUACUGUUGUCAGGACAGAAGGCUGGUGAAGGGUUCUGAAGCGUUCCUAUCUCUGACAGAAGAUAACUGUGGUAGAUGGCAUCUUCACUGGACUUCAUUGGAGAGAUACACAACACUCUAGAAUACUCUAGAACAAAGGGAACUUGAACUCUGUUGAACGCGGAGUUAUACUGUUCUAUUUUAUGAUUUGCUGCAGUGUGACAAUAGUUUGAAGUUUUAUUAGUCAUAUGUAUGGGAUAAACAUGGUAUACCGUCCAACUAAAUGCUUACUUGCAAGUUCUUUCUCGACAAUGCAACAACAAUAAUAAAUAAUAAAUGAUAAGAAUAUGAACAUAAAGUAAAUGGCUCAGUUGAAUAGAAUAUUUUUUUUGUAUAAGUAUAAUACAGGAAGGCACAAUUUAUAGUCCAGUAUUUAUCUGUGGGUUUUGGGCAGGAGGGGAUUUGGGGGCAAGUGUUUAAAUUGUGCAGUAUUUAGCAAUCGCAAUAUGUCUGGGAGCAGCAUUUGUAAUGUGUGUGUGCGUGUGUGUGUGCAUUUGUGUGUGUGUGCCUGUGUGUGUGUGUGCGCGCUAAAGUGUGCUAACGUGCCGAGAAUCAGAGAAGGUGGUCAGUCAAGUUCAAAUGUUCAGUAGUCUGAUGGCUGGUAGAUACAAAUUGUCACUGAGCCUGUUGGUAUCAGACCUCAUGCUCCGAUACCGUCUGCCUGACGGUAAGGGAGUAAACAACUUGUGUGCGGGGGUCCUUGAUGAUGCUUGGAGCUUUCCUCAGGCACCGUUUCGAGUAGAUGUCCUAGAUGGGUCGGAGCACGGUCCCAGUGAUGUGGUGGGCCGUCUUCACCACUCGCUGGAGGGCCUUGUGGGCGUGAAUGGAGCGAUUCCUGUACCAGGCCGUAAUGCAACCGGUCAGGGCACUCUCGAUGGUGCAUCGGUAGUAUUUGGAGAGGACCCGGGGUGACAUGCCAAAUUUCUUCAUUCGCCUUAGGAAUUACAGACGCUGACAAGAGUGGUGGUGUUGUUGGUCCAUGACAAGUGAUGUGGACACCGAGGAACUUAAAACUGCUGACUCAAUACAGUAUUAUGAAAAGAUGGACCGAGAAUAUCUUUGGAGGAGGAAGAAGUGCAUACCUCUGCUCAUACAGUAUACUUGAAUAUAUUCAGUCAGUACAUACGCAUCGCAGAAACUGCUGUUACUGUUCUUAAACUUUUAUUUAUUUUAAUAUCUCGUAAUGGCUGCGGUGCCCUCUUUAUCUGGGCUUCGUCAUUAUAGGAUGGUUGACGCCGGGUUAGCAAAUAAUGCGCAUACGUAUUCUGUUCUACUGUAUCAGGAAGCAGAGAUGCUCAACUUCCUUCCUUCCCACCUUUUACGAUGUAUUACAAUGAUUUACCUUUAGAGAUUACUUUGUUCUACUCUGUCUUUUUUUUUCAACGCAAAGAAGAUGAGUGAACAAUCAAUCCCCUCACUGGAUAAACAUAUAUUAUUUGUAAGAGCCUAUAUUUUAUUUUACUGUUCUCUGUGAGAAACACUGGGCUUUGUGUGAUCUUAAGUCCAUCAGUGUGGUUCCCAAACACUGAACUGUCCUGGAUCACGUUUCACACUGUUACUCUGGUUUUAAUGCUGUUAUCUUGACACCCAAUUUACAGGGCUCUCCAACUCUGUUCCUGGGGAGCUACCAUCCUGUAAGUUUUCGCUCUAACACUAAUCUAGUACACCUGAUUCUAAUAAUUAGCUGGCUGAUAAACUGAAUUAGGUUAGUUGGAGAAACAAACAAACAGGAGGGUGGCUCUCCAGGAACAGGGUUGGAGACCCCUGCCCUAUUGCCUAUGUACUGUACUACUUUUGGCCAGGAGCCUAUACAUCAUUCAACAGACAAUCCUAUCCAGUCCGACUUACAGGAGCAAUUAGGGUUAAGUGCCUUGCUCAAAGGCACAAUUUUUAUCUAGCUAAGGGAUUUGAAUCAGUGACCUGAAUGCUCUUAACUGCUAACCUGCAGCCCUUUAGGGAAUAGGGUGUCAUUUGGGAUGCAUCAUUUAUGUCAGGCCUCUGCAUGGCCCGCAAACAUACUCAGUGUUACUACUGACUACUGUCAGUUGUUGUAUAAACAUUAUAAUUUCUU